AUGGCCGCCCCCGCCCACAAGUUCAAGGUCGCCGACCUCUCUCUUGCCGCCUUCGGCCGCAAGGAGAUCGAGCUGGCCGAGAACGAGAUGCCUGGUCUUAUGCAGACCCGUGAGAAGUACGCUGCCGACCAGCCCCUCAAGGGUGCCCGUAUCGCCGGUUGCUUGCACAUGACCAUCCAGACUGCUGUCCUUAUCGAGACCCUGACUGCGCUGGGCGCCGAGGUCACCUGGACUUCAUGCAACAUCUUCUCCACCCAGGACCACGCCGCUGCUGCCAUUGCCGCCGCUGGUGUCCCAGUCUUUGCCUGGAAGGGCGAGACCGAGGAGGAGUACAACUGGUGCCUCGAGCAGCAGCUCCUAGCCUUCAAGGACGGCAAGAAGCUGAACCUGAUUCUUGACGACGGUGGUGACCUUACCCAUCUCGUCCACGACAAGUACCCCGAGAUGCUGUCUGAAUGCUACGGUGUGUCGGAGGAGACCACCACCGGUGUCCACCACCUUUACAAGAUGCUCAAGGAGGGCAAGCUCCUGGUCCCUGCCAUCAACGUCAACGACUCUGUCACCAAGUCCAAGUUUGACAACCUGUACGGCUGCCGUGAGUCGCUUGUUGAUGGUAUCAAGCGUGCCACCGAUGUCAUGAUUGCUGGCAAGAUUGCCGUCGUCGCUGGUUACGGUGAUGUCGGCAAGGGCUGCGCCAUGGCCCUGCACGGCAUGGGGGCUCGCGUCAUCGUUACUGAGAUCGACCCCAUCAACGCCCUCCAGGCUGCCAUGGCCGGAUUCCAGGUCACCACCAUGGAGAAGGCUGCUUCUAUCGGUCAGAUCUUCGUCACCACCACUGGUUGCCGUGACAUCCUGGUCGGCAAGCACUUCGAGGCGAUGCCCAACGACGCCAUCGUCUGCAACAUUGGUCACUUCGACAUUGAGAUCGACGUUGCCUGGCUCAAGGCCAACGCCAAGAGCGUCCAGAACAUCAAGCCCCAGGUCGACCGCUUCCUGAUGGCCAACGGCCGUCACAUCAUCCUCCUGGCUGAGGGUCGUCUGGUCAACUUGGGCUGUGCCACUGGCCACUCUUCGUUCGUCAUGUCCUGCUCCUUCACCAACCAGGUCCUGGCCCAGAUCAUGCUCUACAAGAACAACGACGAGGCUUUCGGCAAGAAGUAUGUCGAGUUUGCCAAGUCGGGCAAGCUUGAGAAGAAGGUCUACGUGCUGCCCAAGAUCCUCGACGAGGAGGUCGCCAAGCUGCACCUGGCCCACUGCAACGUCGAGCUUUCGACCCUCACUCCCGUCCAGGCCGAGUAUCUCAGUCUGCCGGCCGAGGGCCCUUACAAGCCCGAGCACUACCGCUACUAA